AUGUCCUUGAGUGGCAACACAAGCCAGUCUCCUCCGCCGCCGCCGACAGCUCUGCCCCUGCCCUUGAACGGCUCCACCUCACCGCUCUCCCUACCAGUGGAAGAGGGAAGCAGCAGUCACGAGUCUGUGCAAUGGCCAGGGAACGAGUCCCAGCUCCUCUCCAACAUCUUUGUUCUCGGGCACGAUGAGCAGUGCCAUAUGUCUCCUGUUCUCACGGGGGGUCUUGUGGUUUUAUACAGCAUCACAAUGGUGCUGGGGCUGGUGGGUAACUUCGGCCUCAUCUGCAUCAUCACCCGUCGGAGGGAGAAAGUCAACGUCACCAGCAUUUUCAUCUGCAACCUGUCCUUCUCUGACAUUCUGGUGUGCGUCUUCUGCCUGCCUUUCACUGUCAUAUACACGAUCAUGGAUCACUGGGUGUUCGGGUCUCUGUUGUGUCGCCUGGUGCCGUUCAUCCAGUGCGUAUCUGUGACGGUGUCCGUGCUGUCCCUCGUGUUCAUCGCCCUGGAAAGACAUCAGCUCAUCAUUAACCCAUCCGGGUGGAAGCCGAGCGUUCCUCAGGCGUACACGGUACUCGUUCUCAUUUGGAUUCUGGCCUGUUUGACUUCUACCCCCUUCUUGGUCUUUCAGCUGCUCACGAAUGAGCCCUACAAUAAUGUGAUCCUGCCCCAGUCUCCACUUCAUCACUGGGCCUCCCCUCAGGCUCACCUCAAUGCAUCACUGCCUCAACCUGCCUCUUACACAUACAAAAACUCAUCUGUGCCUCCAGGUUCAUAUCACACCCUCUUGUCUUAUGUCCCCACGAUUCCACACAUGGAGGCCUGUCUGGAGCACUGGCCGUCCCCGCAGCACAGGCUCGCCUACACCACCUGGCUCCUGCUGUUCCAGUACUGCGGCCCGCUGUUGCUGGUGCUGCUCUGUUACGUUAGAGUUUUCGUGCGCCUUCGUCAUCGCAAAGAAAUGCUCGACCGUGCCAGGACCCCCGAGAGCCAUCGCAUUACCAACAGCCGGCGCAUCAACAUCAUGCUGGUCGCCCUCAUAACGGCCUUUGCUCUUUGCUGGCUGCCACUCACCAUCUUUAAUGUGGUGUCCGACUGGAACCAGGAUGCUCUGCCCAUCUGCCACCACAACCUGCUCUUCUCCCUCUGCCACCUGCUGGCCAUGUCCUCCACCUGCAUCAACCCCAUCAUCUACGGCUUCCUCAACUCCAACUUCAAGCAGGAGGUGAGGGAGGUGCUCCUGCACUGCCGCUGCCACCCGCUGGAGGAGGAGUGUGAGCAGUUCCCCAUGUCCAUUGUGCACAUGGAAAUGUCCCGCACCUCUGUGCCUCUCGCCUGCAUGAGCAACUCUGUGUGA